AUAAUUGUUAAAAAAAUGUUCUUUAUAUUAGUGUUUGUAGGUGAUUCCUAUUUAAUACUUUAUUUGUUUUCAUUAGGCUAUGAUAACGACAGUCCAAGAGCUAUGUCACCAUCAGGCAGUGUUUUGUACACACUUCAGUAUCCUACUCAAGAUGUGACGCAUACCAACGCCCACCCGAUGUGGGGUGCUGCUGUAACCAACAACAAUGGAAGCGGCUAUCCUUUCAGUUCUGGUCUAGGAAGUCCCAGUCUGGAAACCAACGACGUGGGUUCCAAUGGCAGAAACAGCUACAGUGCAUUCACUGGCAAUCCUGCUUACAUGUUAACCUCUGGCAACGAAGCGGCCGGAUGGGCCACUUUGCCUUCCAUAACUUCGUCUUACUUGCCAGACAGCCGAAGAUCACAGUAUACGGAACCUCCUCCCGAAUACAGCAGGAUUCCAGAACCUCCACAACAUCAAUGUGCGGUAUGUGGAGGAACAGACAGUAGCCCUUGGAGACGGGACAGCACUGGCCAAUUCAUCUGCAAUUCCUGUGCUAUCUAUAAAAACGGUGUGACAGCCAGAUCAAAUGCUAUGCGACCCGCAAGAAGACUGACAACAAGUCGUAGAGCGGGAAUGACAUGUUCCAAUUGCUCAACUACAGACACAACGCUCUGGAGGAGGAACACUCAGGGAGAACCAGUCUGCAAUGCUUGUGGUCUGUACUACAAAUUGCACCAGGUGAACAGGCCGAUAACUAUGAGGAAAGAUUCUAUUCAGACUAGAAAAAGGAAGCCAAAGAGUACUGCAUCUGCAACUAAAGGAAAAGCACAUUCUACAAAUUCAAACACCAAUGGUUCUUCUAGCAAAUCUCCCAGCGCUACAUCUACAAGCGUCUCAUCUGCAGCAUCUUAUCUACCGCAGGGGGGUAUGGAUGGGGACCUCAGCGAUGCUCAGCAUCACCGACUUGUCCAAUCGCCCUUAUUACCUUCAUCGACUGCCUUAUCUCAGCAGCUGCCACAUUUCCCUCCUCUGGAUCCCCCUCAUGGAAGCGAGAUCAUCUUGGAGAAUGGAAUUGUGCUGGAACAUCCAUCCGUUAUCAGCGUGGCCCCCAACAAACAGCUAUGAUAACCGAGGGUCACUUUGUGACUGCUUCGUCAAUUCCGUGUAUCACUACUUUACUCAGCGUAAAUGUCCCGAGGCUCUUCGGAUGGAAAUUGGUAUAAGUGUGGAAAGCAUCUGACAAUCAAAAAUUACGAAAGUGGUUAGCAGAAAGUAAAAUCUUGGCAGAUGCUUUUCCUGAAGCAAGCUCUGGGUAGUCCUAGUGUGUUAGGAGGUAUUUAAUGUUGAAGGAAAUCAUGGCUUGAAAUUUUAUCAAAUUUUUCUUUUUUAUUUUAAAGUCUCUGUUUUAAUUAUUAUACCUUCGAAAAGUGUUUGUCAUAAAGCUCUACAGAAGGGUUCUAUUUGCGUCAUAACAGGGAAAAUUUUUCCAUUUUAAUACAGUAUAAUGGAAUUUUACAGAGGCGAACAUCAGUCUACAAAAUUGCAUUAUUUGCAUUAUAAUUUUUGAAUAAAUCACAUGAAUUAGGCUGGCAAAAAUGUGCCUAUGAUUUGCAGUGUUUUACUUUCCAAUGAAAUAUUUUUUUUAAAAUCUAUAAAUCUGCUUAAAAGAGAUUAUAUAUUUGUUUUAGUAAAAAGCGAAUCAUCAAUUUACAAAUGGAAACUUUUAAUUACGUUUUAAUCUAGAUUUUAAUCGUGCUAGCAAUUAUGCACUAUAUUCACAGAUUUGUGAACUGAUUCAAAAUUUAUUACUGUGUUAGUUAAAAUUAAUCAAUAUAAAAAUGUAUUUUUAAGUCAAAAUAUACAAGACAUGUUUAGAUAAUAAUUUUAAAACACAGAUGCAGAAUCAAAGGAAAAAGGAAUAUUGGGAGCUUGAGUGAUCACAGUGAAAGUGAUCUGAAAAGUGAUCUUAUUGAAUUUAUUGAUAAUAUUAUUGCGCUUCUAAAUUAAUAAAAAAACGUUAUAAUUAAGCCAAAUAUUAGAAUAAACAAUGCGAUGUACAAGAAUGUAUGUUUUUUUAGAUUUAUUAUUGUUUAUACAGAAGAAGAAAAAUCCAUCCUUUCCACAUUGCCGUUUAAAGGAACAUAUUCCCUGAAAUAUUGCUCACUGAAAUGAAGUUUACAAAGAAUGCUAAAAUAAUAUUCUUUGAUUUGCUAAAAAGGAGUUCAUGAAAAUUAAAACUCAAUGCAUUUGAAAUGGCUAGCAAAAUUCAAAGUGAGUAUGAAAGACAUGUGUUUGGAAGAACGUAAACCCACGUGUCAUUUAGUCCAUUUCUGAAGUUACUGAAAAUAAAGAAGAAAUUUUGAACUGCUCGUUAAAUUUGAUUCGUUUAAGUGAAAAACAUUCCAGUAUUUUUAUGCUCUCUAAAGAGGAAGAAGGACAUUGUAUUAUCUGAAAUAUUUUUGGCCAUGUAAAUUUUUAAGAGUGUAUUGUUUAUAACAUCGAUAUUUUUAUGUAAAUAUGUUUCUACUGUAAUCUUGAUAAAUGAUUAUAUUUUAAAUAAAUAAUAUGUUUUAAAAUUAA